AUGGUCAACGUUCGCGACGUCUCCGCCCCAAGCUUCAUUGAGGCCUACUCUCAACACUUGAAGAGAUCAGGAAAGAUCGAGAUUCCUAACUGGGUUGACAUUGUCAAGACUGGCUCACACAAGGAGCUUGCACCAUACAACCCAGACUGGUACUACGUCCGCGCUGCUGCAGUCGCACGUCACGUCUACCUCCGUAAGUCAGUCGGCGUCGGUGCUCUCGUCAAGUUCCACGGUGGUGCUGUCAACAGAGGUCACCAACCAUACCACCACAGAGCAGCUUCCCGUGGUGUCGACCGUAGAGUCGUCCAAUCAUUGGAGAAGAUUGGUGUCUUGGAAAAGGCUGUCGACGGUGGACGCAAGAUUUCACAAGACGGUAUGCGUGAUCUUGACCGUAUCGCUGCAUCAAUCGUCGCUGCAGGAAAUGAAGAAGAAUCCGAAGACGAGGACGAAGACGAUGACGAGUAAAUGUAUAGCUGUUAGUUUAUUGUAUAAUCUAGUAAAACUUUCAGAUUUUAUAUAUUUACAUUGCACUUUU